AUGUCUGAUAAUAAUCUGUCCGGUAGAGACGAAGCAUUAUUAAUCUUGGAAUAUCUGGAAAAUGAACGUAUGUCGAAAACAUUUCUUAGUUUUCUCGAUGAAAGUAAGCAUUUACAUGAACUUCGCUCUCGUCUUUACACAAAUUAUCAAAAUGCUCAACAACAAACACAGCAGAAUUCCGAGCACGAAUCAAAUGAUGCUGAAGUUAAUGAUUUUCAAACAUUUUUUAAUCUCUCCAAACAACUCAUCUCUCAAUUAUCAAAUGAAGAGAAUGAAAAGCAAAUGACAUGUUUAUCGGUAAAAAGUUCCAAUGAUUUGUUUUUGGAUGAUUUCUUAAACGAUUUAAUCAGUCAAACGCCACCCAUGGACUAUCAGCAUGAUUUACCCGAUACACCGUUGAUUGCACACGACAAUAACGAUAUGAAUUCCAUAGACCAGUUAUUCGCUGUUCAGCAUAAUACAUUACCAUCUCAUGAAAUGAUUUCACCAAUGUGUAAUACACCAACUCGAGUGCAAUCGUACACAAAAUGUAUUGUUGUUACACAAGAUUUUCUUCAAUCGAUGUAUAAUCAACAAUCAACAAUAACGACUAAUAAUAAUACCAAUAAUAAUAAUCUUUCUUUGAUUCAAAAACCGAAACGUCGUCGACGAAGAUUAAAAGCUGGCAAAGAAAAUAACCAUCAACAGAGGAAAAUCAUGCCAAGAGCGUCACCAGAUCAUCGAUAA